AGAGAGACCCGUCCCCGCACUCAUUAAAAAGGCACAGCCCAAAGCCCCGCCCCAGCUCUGUGGCUCGGUGCUUGGCGAGGAUGUCGGUGAGCCCCGCUGCUAGGGAGGAGCUGCGCCUCUCCUUCCCCCCCCACCCCAUCCCGGGCGCGUCUGACUCGGGGGCUUCCCUCUCCUUGCAGAGCCCUGUCAAGUCAGCGCCCCUAGAAAAGCCUGUCGCCGCUGCCACCCCAGGGACGGCGCCUGCUGGUCGUUCGCAGAGGGCCGCGCAGCCGUGGCCGCCCCCCGGGCUCGCCGAGGCGCUGACCACGCUGGGGCUGGAUGGGGAGCGGGAGUACGCGGGAGAUAUCUUCGUCAGUGUCAUGGCAGGCCAGGCGCUCCCCAAGACAGACUUGCCUCGUGCGGUGACCGCGGAGAUGCGUGCCCUCGUGGUAGACUGGCUGGUGCAGGUGCACGAAUACCUGGGCCUGGCUGGGGACACUCUCUAUCUGGCCGUGCACCUGCUGGAUUCGUACCUGCGCGUGGCACCCGUGCGGCUGCGCCACCUGCAACUGCUGGGGGUCGCCUGCCUCUUCGUGGCUUGCAAGGUGGAGGAGAGUACCCGCCCCGAGCCAGCCUCCCUGUGCCUCCUGGGCGCCGGCUCCUUCUCCCCGGCCCAGCUGCUCCGCGCUGAACGGCGCCUCCUCAGCCGCCUGAACUUCCAGCUCUACUACCCGGGUCCCCUUCUCUGCCUGGGCCUGCUGGCCGCCCUGGCUCGGAGCCGGCCGCGGGUUGUGCUCUUGGCCACCUACUUUUUGGAGCUCUCUGUCCUGGAGGCCGAGGCCGCGGGCUGGGAGCCGGGCCGUCGGGCUGCUGCAGCCCUAGCCCUGGCCCAGAGCGUGCUCCUGCACGAGGGAGGAGAGGGCCCCGAACUGGGUCUCUACAGCAAGGCGGAGCUGGGCCCCAUCGAGCCGUGCAUGGCCCGAGCAGCGCUGCGGGGUCCCGCCCCCGGUCGGGCUGCUGUCUUUCUCAAGUAUGCUCGACCCCAGAGGCAAUGCAUCAGCCUCACCGCCGCCCGCUUACUCUCCAGGACCUGCCCCGCGCCUCCCUGAG